AUGACUGGAUUUCAUAAAGAUGGACAGGACUGGUGGAAAGUUGAACCCAAAUACUCUUCUAAAGUUCUCAUUGGAAACUGGCUGGAAGACAGGAAAACGUUUAUUAAAGACACUGGGAAACUGGGCAGCAGCAUAUACAAACCAGACUACAUUUGCUUCUCAUAUCACAAGCCAGACCAAAUACUAAGGAAAACCAUGCUGGUAAAACGUGAGGGCCUGUCACGGCAGCACUUCUUCACCCAUCAUGAUGAACCAAGAAACCGAAAUCUGGUGUCAGAGUAUGAUGAUAAAUACAACAGGCAUGGCUACAACCCUCUGCUGCCUCCCCUCCGCCAGUGGAGCGGACGCAAACUUUCCUGGAUUCCUCAGAAAGCAGAUUUCCCCAUUCUUGAGCCACCCACCAACUAUGGCCUUUAUGAGCAUCUGAUGGAAAAAUGGCACAAGAAAGAAGCUGGAGUGAUGAACAGUGUCUACACUGUGUCCUAUCAAAGGCCACCGACUCCUCCUGUUGCCACUUGUCAGCUGCACCAAACAGUAACCCACGCCCUCCCUUACAACCAGCAACAUUUCUCCCCAGACAGAGAAAUCCUGAGAUAUAAGGAGGAAGCCAUUGGCGAGAUGUGCUUCCGAAACCAAAGCUCAUUUAUGGAAAGAAAUAACCAAGCUGUUGUACAGGGAAUUGCUGAGAUGCACAAGUACCACCUGUGGAAGUUGUAUGAAAACUUGAAUUCCAAAACUGGAAGCUGA